AUGCUGCGCAACAGAACCUCACUGUUAGCCUCGGGCCGUCCCUCAAGAUGGGUUACUCAGAUUCAUUCUCGUUCAAUCUUUAUUUCCUCGCGCCAACCAAAGCGCCAAGUUUCAGCACCAGUCGCUGCUGAUCACAAUGAUCCCAUGUCGGCACACGACCGUUUUUCUGUUCUCGGGUCCUUUGCCAACGAACUAGAUGAUACCAUUGCCCGCAAUUUACAUAGAAACCCAUCCUCUUCUUCUUCAUCAUCAUCAUCAUUCCCUCUAUCACACUCUUCUUCAACAUCUUCCAAAUCCUCCAAUCGAGACCUAAGUGCCGCAUCUGCACUUUUUCUACAAUCCCUCAAACAAGGAACAACACUAUCCCCAUCAUCUUCUGUUUCUCAGGGCCGGAGGAGGCGGCGAAGACCCACUCUCAUUGACCAUCAGCGUGCGAAGGAACUUGACCGUCAGAUAAAACAAGUCGAGCAAUACGCAAACAAUCUCAAGCAUCAGAUCCGCAUGCGCGAUGAGCGCGCUCUCCAGCUUCAAAAACUCCAAGAGGAAACAGCAAAAUAUGAAAAAUCUGAAACUAACGUCAGUCAAAAGGCUCUUUCUGAAGUUUCCUCCGAUGCCGAUAAGCUUAUGGAUUUCUUGGACCUCCCUGAAAACGAAGCCCAUUCACAACUCGCUCAAUCAAAAUCACCCGCUCCAUCUUCUCUUAAGGACGUCAAAACUUCCAUGUUCGAUGUUCCAACAUCUGCUGUUAAACUCCCCCCAACCAUCCUCAACCGCAUCGGCCACACAGUUACCGCUAUUGCCUCCGAGUCUCACCAAGACUGGUCCCGCGUUGUGGCUGCCAUCUUUAACAACCCCAACCAGCUCUCCGGUGUUUCUUCGGAUGAAGUUUCCCUCCUCAUGCAACAAAUCCCUCUCGCUCAGCGUGCAAAAGUUUUGCCCUUGCUCCAUGAGAUGAUUUGGGAUGCACAAAUCCCCCUCACAAAGUAUAUUUACGAUACAACUAUUGCUGCCUACGCAGAACAGGGAAACACUGCCCUUGUUCAAGUCUUUAUGGACCAAAUGAAUGCUGAUAAUAUUACCCCAGACCACUACACCUACGGCAACCUCGUUAAAUGUAUGGCCAAAAACCGCGACCUAGAAGGUGCUGUCAAAGUUACAAAGGAAAUGCAAGCAAAACAUAUUGCUCUUUCUGUCCCCAUCUACACUACCCUCUUGCAAACAUGCAUCAAUGUCGGUGACUACAACCAAGCAUUUGACGUCUUUGACAUGCUAAAGUUCCUCGGCACUGAAAUGCAACCAGACGUUCCAGUUUAUAACUCAGUAAUGCUGGCUGCUGCAAAACAACAAAACGUUAAUCGUGUGCUCGAUCUUUACAAUGAAAUGACUACACGGGCCAUUGAUCCUCUCCGUCCAGAUGCAAACACUUACUCAGUUCUCAUUUACGCCUGUGCACGAGACGAAAAAACUCACAUCAAGGCUUGGCAUCUGCUUCUCGAGAUGCAAGAGCGCGGCUUUGCUCCGGACAGAAGCACCCUCAAUGUCAUGCUCUAUCUUUGCGGUAAGACAGGUGAACUGGCCUUUGCACGUUCCAUUUUCCGUCAAAUGUGUACAGAUAAGGCUUCUUACCCAGAUGCAUUUGCCCUUAACUGUCUUCUGGAUGCUUAUGCCAAUUAUAAACCAGGCUUUUUUUCGCCCAUUCUGUCGACUGCCUUGGGUACUAAGCUGCGUGCUGCCUUCUUUUACAACCUCGACAUUGCGGCUUCCACACCUGCAGAAAUCACACCGCCAUUCUUGCCAGCACCUAUGCUUGCAAACAAACUCCAAGUUCUUGCAGAGUCACGCGCCGUGUACACUUUUUUCCGCGACAUGCAGUUUAACACAAGCGAAACCCACGAACGUGCACGCAAAAUGCUCAACCCUGAGACUGGUUCAGUGCGGUUCAUCAAUGAGCGUACUACUCUCACGUACCUGCGUGUGCCAGCUAAUCUGGGCAAUGAAGCCGAGUUUAAUUUCCGUUGGAUCAACGAAACAUGCAUCAAAACGCAUAUGGAAAAGGGUAAGCGGAUACUACUUCCCUACAAGGAUACAAAACAACAAGAGGAACAAACCCUCGAACAAUCAUCAGAGCCGCAGAAUACUUUGGAACAAGAGCUUACAAAAACCCCACGCAAUCAUUACAUGUACGACCUGGCAAUCCGCACAGCCACUAAAAACUCAUGGCCAUACAAGUCUGUGCGCUCGAUCUGGGAGUCGCGUGGUGAGUGGCGCCGCAGUCCUCAGAGCACUUACUGGGCCACCAUGAGCGAUGUGGAGCGUCGGCGUUCGGAUUUCCUUUUCGCUCGUGGAAUGGUAGAAUACUUGGCGCACACGCGUAAGCUUUUUGAUGCUGUUGACAUUGUACAGUCUUCGGUAAAACUGUUCCGUUGGCGCAAAGUUCAUCUGGUUCCUAUUAUUGAUGCAGCAAGAGAAAUUGAGGACGAAUCAACACUGCGCAAAAUUAAAAAGAUUCUUGCAAGUUACCACCAGCACAAUGAUGAGAUUUAA